CGCCCAUCUCAGAGUUGGGGGCCUGAAACAGCCCUCUCCUCUCCCCUCAAAAAACCGGGAACCUCGGAGGAGGAAGCAUCCGGAAGACUCAGGAAGGGAGAGCUCUGGAAGGAUGUGGGCAGCUGUGCAGAACCCAGCAAGGGACCCGGCGGAAAGGAGGGAGGCUGUCCCUCGCUGGCCAGCUGGGGGCACAGUCUCUGCCCGGAGGGGUGAGCAUCUGCGGAUCUGCCCCCAGGGAUACACCUGCUGUACCAGCGAGAUGGAGGAGAACCUGGCCAACCGCAGCCGCGUGGAACUGGAGACGGCGCUCCUGGACAGCAGCCGCGCCUUGCAGGCCACACUGGCCUCCCAGCUGCGCAGCUUUGAUGAUCACUUCCAGCACCUGCUGAACGACUCGGAGCGGGCGCUGCAGGACUCCUUCCCCGGCGCCUUCGGGGACCUGUACACACAGAACACCAAGGCCUUCCGUGACCUGUACGCGGAGCUGCGCCUCUACUACCGCGGGGCCAACCUGCACCUAGAGGAGACGCUGGCCGAGUUCUGGGCCCGCCUGCUUGAGCGCCUCUUCCGGCAGCUGCACCCCCAGCUGCUGCUGCCUGAUGACUACCUGGACUGCCUGGGCAAGCAGGCUGAGCCCCUGCGGCCCUUCGGGGACGCCCCACGCGAGCUGCGCCUGCGAGCCACCCGCGCCUUUGUGGCUACACGUUCCUUUGUGCAGGGCCUGGGCGUGGCUGGCGACGUGGUCCGGAAGGUGGCCCAGGUGCCGCUGGGCCCCGAGUGCUCGCGGGCCGUCAUGAAGCUGCUGUACUGCGCGCACUGCCUGGGGGUCCCCGGUGCCCGGCCCUGCCCCGACUACUGCCGCAACGUGCUCAAGGGCUGCCUGGCCAACCAGGCCGACCUGGAUGCCGAGUGGAGGAACCUCCUGGACUCCAUGGUGCUCAUCACGGACAAGUUCUGGGGCCCGGCGGGCGCGGAGAACGCCAUCAGCAGUGUGCACCUGCGGCUGGCAGAGGCCAUCAGUGCCCUCCAGGACAAGAGAGACACUCUCACGGCCAAGGUCAUCCAGGGCUGCGGGAGCCCCAAGGUGAAUCCUCACAGCCCUGGGUCUGAGGAGAAGCGGCCACGGGGGAAGCUAGCGCUGCAGGAAAAGCCGCCCUCGGGCACUUUGGAGAAGCUGGUCUCUGAGGCUAAAGCCCAGCUCCGCGAUGCCCAGGACUUCUGGAUCAGCCUCCCCGGGACCCUGUGCAGCGAGAAGUUGGCCAUGAGCGCCGCGAGUGACGACCGCUGCUGGAACGGGAUGGCCAAGGGCCGGUAUCUCCCUGAGGUGAUGGGCGACGGCCUGGCCAACCAGAUCAACAACCCCGAGGUGGAGGUGGACAUCACCAAGCCUGACAUGACCAUCCGCCAGCAGAUCAUGCAGCUGAAGAUCAUGACCAACCGGCUGCGCAGCGCCUACAACGGCGAGGACGCCGACUUCCAGGAUGCCAGUGACGAAGGCAGCAGCAGCUCAGGUAGUGGGGACGGCUGCCUGGACGACGCCUGCGGACGGCGGGUCAACAGGAAGACCUCCGGCUCGCGGACGACCCUGACCCACGCCCUCCCGGGCCUGUCGGAGCGGGAGGGCCCGAAGGCCUCGGCCGCGGGCUGCCCCCGGCCCUGCCCGGCCCUCCUGAUGUUCCUCCUCACCCUGCUCCUCUCGGCGGCCGGGCCCCGGUGGCGGUAACUGCUCCGGGCCCCGGGGACCGAGGCCAAGGACUGACUUUGCCAAAACACGAACAGACGAUAUUUAAUUCCCCUCGUCCUAGAGGCCCCAGAGCGGGACAGGGAGAGACAGCGGGGGCUGCUGUCUGUGACGCAUGGGGGCGGGGCGAGUGGCACUGGCCCCCCAGACCUGGCUUUGCCGUCACCCUGGCUUUUAAUUUUGUGUGAGGUCCUCAGGUCAGCCAGGAACAAUGUCCCCAAAAGCCAUGUAUUUCAGGGACCUUCCCUGGGCCCAGGGUCAGAGUGCCCCCUGCUCACGCAGGCCUGGGGGCCUCCCUCCUGAACCCCACCUCCUGCCUGCCCAUCCGCCUCUCCCCCAACCUCCUGCACCAUCGCCGACCAGUACUGGGCCUAUGGGGAGGCGCCCUGAGCCUGUGCCUUCCUCUUCUGCCUCCUCCCACGACAACUAGGGGCUUCAGGUGUCAGAGAGCAGGGCCCACCUCUCGGCGCCCCGGGAGUCCCCGAGAGGCCCUCAGGGUUUCCGCCAUCUGAGACCUCGACGGGCCUUUGAGACUAUGCACGACCCCUUCAUAUGCAGCCAGGCCCCACCCUGUGACGCAGCAGCCCCCCCAGGACCCGAGUCAGGUGAGAGCCCGUCUGUCAGUCCCUGCGGACCUCGUCCUCGCCAAAGACCAGCUGCAGGGCCUCCGAUGUGCCACGAGCGGCAGCCGGCACGGUCUCGGGUCCUGGGCUCUGCUCUCAGUUGUCUGUGGGGUGGGCUUGCUGUACCUGGCCAAUCCCAGGAGAGCAGGCCCAGGCCCUCUGCAAAGGUGGGCAUCCCCUUCACGCCCAGGCCGGUGCAUGGCCUGCACAAGGACUUCCAGGUGUGGGGAGGAGCAGCCUGGCCACCGUCCUCCCUCCUGUCCCCAUCCAGACCCAGGGCCAGGUGCCAGCUCAGGGGGAGAUGGGCCAGGGCUAGAGGCGACCCAUGGUCGUCACCUGGCCACAGGGAUGCUGAGUGACAGGUGAAACUUCAGCUCAGGGCCAGCGAGUCCUGGCACUGCAGGUGGGGGGACACCCGGGUCCCUGCCUGGACCCCACCAGCUGCAGGGAGCCUGGGGAGCUGUGACAGUAAAGGGCUUUUCCAGAUGUGCAGACAUGUACAGAUGCGUCCAUCAUUCACUGGGAGCUGCUUUCUCAGCUCCUCACAAAUAGCUUUUGAAGGACAACCUGUGGGCCGAGGAUCUGGGUGCACCCCUGCUCAUGCGGGCCUGGGGGCCCUCCUUCCUGGGCCCUGGCUGCUGCCAGCCCUGGGGAGGGGGCUGGCACCGUGCCAGGGAGGGGCUCAAGCAAGGAGAAGGGAGGCCGGAGGGUCCGGGGGAUGUGGAGCCAGUGUGGGCAGGGACGGCCGUCCUAGGCAGCACCGGGGCCCCAAACAAGCUGCUUAGCAUCGCUUUGCUUUCCCUCGGGGUUGGGGAGGCCUCUGGCUGCUGGUCAGGACCCCUGGCACUGUCCUCGUGUGUUGGGUCCAGGCCCCCAGCCUGUGGUCCACCAGGCAGCCCAGUCCCACAGGCACGCCCACCCCAUGUUAACCCUGAGUGUCGGGUGGGGGCUGGGCCUGGGGCCUCCUUCCCUGUGGGCGAGGGCCAGCUGGACUUGAGGUCUUGGGUGGUGACCAGCGAGCCGGGACAGCGCACUUGUGCUGCCUGGGGAUGGCCCAACGGGGUCUGUGUUCCAUCCCCACCCCACGUGGGUCUCUGGAAGGGGCUGGCCAGGCAGUGGUGUCAGCAGGUGAUGUGUGUUCUUGUGUCCUUGUAUGAAUAAAAGGCUGGAGACCUCG